AUUACAAGGAGAGAGAGAGUCAGAGAGAGAGAGAAAUCGAACCAUCGAAGAGAGAGAGAGAGAGAGUCACCGUUCCGCUCGUUUUCUCUGUUCCUUCCUCUCAUAAACUGCCGCCCCCCUAUCAUUCCCUCUCUCUCCUCCCUCCCUCUCUCUCUCCUCUCAUUUCAAAACUUCAACUCCAAACCUCCGGCCCUCCGCCGUAACCCCCAUCCACAUACACAUCAUUACUAGAUCUCUCAUCAUCUUCUAUCAAAACCUAGGGUUUCCUCGUGUCUCUCUCUCUACCAUCCCGAUCCCUGCCUUUUGCUCUAAUUUCGGACUUGCCCACCCAAACUCGCGAAUCUCUGGAAUUCUCUUUGAAGUGAUUUGAUUCAUCGAUCGAUGGACGCGAUCGAGGAAUUGUACGAGCUCUCCGAUUCGAUGCGGCAAGCGUCCGCGUUGCUUGCCGACGAGGACGUCGACGAAAACUCAUCGUCAUCGUCGAAGCGGCAGACGACGUUCCUCAACGUCGUGGCGCUCGGCAACACCGGUGCGGGCAAAUCAGCUGUGUUGAACAGUCUAAUUGGACAUCCUGCUUUGCCAACUGGUGAAGGUGGUGCUACUCGUGCUCCUAUUAGCAUUGAUUUAGCGAGGGAUAGUACUUUAAGCAGUAAAUCAAUUAUCUUGCAGAUUGAUAGCAAGAACCAACAGGUUUCUGCAAGUGCUCUUCGGCAUUCUUUACAGGAUAGACUAAGCAAAAGUUCAGGAAAGAUUCGUGAUGAAAUAUAUUUGAAACUCCGAACAAGUACAGCUCCACCGUUGAAAUUAAUUGAUUUGCCAGGAGUGGAUAAAGGAUUUGAUGACUCAUUGAGUGAGUAUGUUGAACGCAACGACGCGAUAUUGCUUAUUGUAAUACCCGCUUCACAGGCUCCAGAAAUUUCCUCAUAUAAAGCCCUCAGAAUUGCCAAGGAGUACGAUGGAGAAUUUACCAGAACCAUUGGGGUUAUCAGUAAAAUAGAUCAAGCGGCUUCAGAGCCAAAAACCCUUGCAGCCGUUCAAGCUCUUCUACUGGGUCAGGGACCACGAAGUACAUCUGAUAUCCCCUGGGUUGCUUUGAUUGGUCAAACUGUUUCCAUAGCUUCAGCACAGUCGGGAAACGUUGGGUCGGAAAACUCUCUAGAGACAGCUUGGCGGGCUGAGAGUGAAAGUCUGAAAUCAAUAUUAACAGGAGCCCCUCAAAACAAGCUCGGCAGAUUAGCUUUGGUGGAGGCCCUUGCGAACCAAAUUCGCAACCGUAUGAAAGUCAGGCUUCCGAAUCUCCUCACAGGGCUUCAGGGUAAGUCUCAAGUAGUGCAAGAUGAAUUAGUAAGGCUUGGUGAACAAAUGGUUAAUAGUUCUGAAGGUACAAGAGCAUUGGCAUUGGAGCUUUGCCGUGAAUUUGAGGAUAGAUUUCUGCAACAUAUUACGACUGGUGAGGGUAGCGGUUGGAAAGUUGUUGCGAGUUUUGAGGGCAACUUCCCUAACAGGAUUAAACAGCUUCCUUUGGAUAGACAUUUUGACAUAAACAAUGUCAAAAGGAUUGUGCUUGAAGCAGAUGGUUAUCAACCUUAUCUUAUAUCCCCUGAGAAAGGAUUGAGGUCUUUAAUAAAAGUUGUUUUAGAGAUGGCAAAAGAACCUGCACGUCUUUGCGUUGAUGAGGUGCAUCGUGUACUUGUGGAUAUAGUCUCAGCAGCUGCAAAUGGUACACCAGGUCUUGGAAGAUAUCCCCCUUUUAAGAGAGAGGUUGUGACCAUUGCAAGUGAUGCAUUGGAUGGGUUUAAGAAUGAAGCAAAAAAAAUGGUUGUCGCUCUUGUUGAUAUGGAACGUGCGUUUGUUCCUCCACAACACUUCAUCCGUUUGGUGCAGAGGCGGAUGGAUAGACAACGGCGAGAAGAAGAACUAAAAACACGAUCUUCUAAAAGGGGACCAGAGCCAGAGCAACCCAGUUCGAAUAGGGCCUCUAGUCCUCAAACAGGAACUGGGGGAAGCUUAAAAUCAAUGAAGGAUAAAUCAAGUGAGCAAGAUAAGGAUGUACAAGAAGGAUCAGGCUUGAAGACUGCAGGGCCUGAUGGGGAGAUAACUGCAGGGUUCUUGUUGAAGAAAAGUGCAAAAAAGAAUGGGUGGAGCAGACGAUGGUUUGUUUUAAAUGAGAAAACUGGAAAGCUUGGAUACACCAAAAAGCAAGAAGAAAGGCAUUUCCAUGGAGUUAUCACGUUGGAGGAAUGUAAUAUUGAAGAGGUGUCUGAUGAAGAAGAAGCUCCUCCUCCAAAAAGUUCGAAGGACAAAAAAGCGAAUGGACCGGAUUCUAAAACACCCAGUCUUGUGAUCAAGAUUACUAGCAAGGUUCCAUAUAAGACUGUUCUUAAAGCGCACAGCGUUGUUUUGUUAAAGGCAGAGAGUAUGGCGGAUAAAGUUGAGUGGUUAAACAAGUUAGGACAUGUGGUCCAACCUUCUAAGGGAGGUCAAGUGAAGGGUGAAUCCGGUCUUCCAAUUCGGCAAAGUCUUUCUGAUGGUUCUCUUGAAACAAUGGCUAGAAGACCUGCUGACCCAGAGGAAGAACUUAGGUGGAUGGCCCAAGAAGUACGUGGAUAUGUUGAAGCUGUCCUGAACAGCCUUGCAGCCAAUGUCCCAAAGGCAGUGGUUCUUUGCCAAGUGGAGAAAGCCAAAGAAGACAUGCUUAAUAAGUUGUACAGUUCAGUCAGCUCUCAAAGCACGGCAAGGAUUGAGGAAUUGCUCCAGGAGGACCAAAAUGUGAAGCGCAGAAGGGAGCGUAUUCAGAAACAAUCCUCUCUUCUCUCAAAGCUCACUAGGCAACUUAGUAUUCAUGACAAUCGGGCUGCUGCAGCCUCCGGCACGUUGGAUACUGGCAGUGGAGCAGAAAGCAGUCCAAGAACUGGUGGGCCUGGUGAAGAUUGGAGAUCCGCAUUCGAUGCUGCUGCCAAUGGUCCCACCGACUACAAUGACUUAUCUAGGUCUGGAUCCAACGGUCACAGUCGUCGGAACAGUGACCCAAGCCAGAAUGGAGAUGUAAGCUCAGGCUCAAGAUCCAGCAGCCGCCGCACCCCUAACCGAUUGCCUCCAGCUCCACCUGGUUCUUCAUACAAGUAUUAGAUAAGUUUGAUAAACGACCGAUUAAUGCAUUCUUGCUGGGUGAGUGUUUCCUCCUGCUCCCCAUAUUUGAGCUCGUCGAGUUCAAACAAUAUUAUGAUAUGUUUUGUAGAAUUGGGUAUAUGGUUUUUUGUAGAUAGAUUGCUGUUUGUUUUUCUUCUCUCCUCAUGUUCACAGCUGCUGGACUUUUGGUUACUUGCUAUGUAUUCUUCGAGAUUUUCUCUCCUUUUUCUUGAGGGCUAUGGAUUUAAUUCCAUCAAACAUCAUUGGAUUUUCCCCCCUCCCGGAGUGACAGUAUUCAAGGAAACAACUUUAUAUUUUUUUCA